CUCGGCGGCGUCGCUAGUCGUGACGCCCUUUCAGAAUUGACAAAGAAGCUGCAAGCGUGGCGCGAUUGUUCAAAGGCGGCUGAAUACGUAAAGCACACAGUCUUGGAUAGCAGUGGCAGUAGUCGCGACAUGUGGCCCACGCGUCACCGGAUCUGUAGCGAUGUGCUGAAACGUGGCAUGGGGCCUCAAAAUGCCCACAAAGGAGACCAACUUGGCCCGCGGGGCUACAAGGACCCUCCUAC